AUGGGAACUAGGAUAGUUGGUGAAGAGUACGAUGGAAAUCGUCUAGUGCGAUCUUGGGUUUUAGAUCAGAAAGCGGGGGCUGUAGAAUCCCUCGGAGUGGACGCAUCAAACGAGUCCUCCGUUCUUUUGUGGUUAAAGAAAGGCUUUCUGCCGGAUGGAUAUCCCGAUGCUGUCACUUCGGACUAUGUUGGUUUCCAGAUCUGGGACUCGAUACAGGCGCUGUGCUCAUAUGUGAGAGGCAUGAUAUGCAGCAAUGCAAUUCUGACUGGGAUUGGCGUUGGUAAACAGGCAACCAGCCCCCUUGUUGCAGUGUUCCAGUUCUUUGUGCGCGAUCUUGCUGGAAUGUGUGGUGGUGUCCUUUUUGCCUUCACCCAAGGCUCGCAGCUUGAUGCCUAUGCCAAACAGUGGAGGCUGUUUGCAGACAUCUUCAACAACGUAGGAUACGCGUUGGACCUGGCAAGCCCACUCUUUCCCGACCAAUUCCUUCUCCUCGCAUGUCUGGGAUCCCUUGCUCGAGCAGUCACAGGUGUUGCUGGUGGUGCCACAAGAGCAGCUCUCACUCAGCACUUUUCCAGAGCAGACAAUGCCGGUGACAUUUCUGCCAAAGAAGGUUCACAGGAAACUGCGACAACACUGAUUGGAAUGAUCCUUGGAAUGGCAUUUCUGCAGGCUGCGUCAGACUCUCCUGUGGCAGUGUGGGCUGUCUUUCUUCUCCUCACAUUCCUGCACAUCUAUGCAAACGUCAGGGCGGUGCGCGCCUUGCAGCUUACAUCGCUCAAUUGCUCACGAUUGGACAUUCUGUUGAAGCACUCCUCAGCCAGCAAGGUGACUCCUGACCCAUCUCCACAGAUUUGCUUCUGA